CCUCCCAGAGCCUUAGGCAGGGGUGAGUGUGGGCUGGGGGGCGGGCGCACGGGACUUGGACCCAUCCUGGGCACCACCAAAAGUUAUACAAACCUGCUGCCCCUGGCUGCGGGUACUGUGCCCCUCCUGAGUCACCGGCUGGGCCUGGCCCCCUGUCAGGGACACCCCCAUGGGGCACCAGACCCCUCCCGACUCGCCGGCUGGCCCGGGUGAUGGCAUCGGCUUGCUGGUGUUCUCCAUAGGGAGCUGUGGCUCCUUGCCAGUCUCAGGGCGUCUGCAUGUGGCUGGCAGCUCAGAGCUGGGCACAGGGUCACUGUGCCCCGUUGGGAAGGGAGCUCUUGCGAUGGCCUUGCUGCACAUCUGCCGGCGGCCGCCGGGAGCGCCCCCCGGAGAGCCGGGCCAUGCACCAGCACGCUGGGGAAUGCCCGGGCCAUGCCCAGGGGGGCUGGCCCCGACACCGAGGGAGGGGCUCGCUGCAGGAUCAAAGGCAGCACCAUUAAUGGUGCCAGAGAGCGGGUAGGGGCUGGGGGCUGCCUGCAGGGAGCCAAAGUGGGGUGUGCCUGGCCCAAGCCUUGGGCAGCAGUGCCCACCCCCCUGCGCUGCGUGACUCCCAGGGGCCGUCUCACGCCAACGCCCGGCGGCUCCGGCCCGGAGCCAGGCAGCUCGGCACUGAUUGGCACCAACGGUCGCGUGUCAGGGUGGCCCACGGGCGGCUCCAAGCAGGAGACAUGCUCCAAGUGUCGUACGUAGGGACGGCCCUGGGUGCCCUGCGCAGGCAGAGCCGGGCACUCCCUGGCACGCAGCACGGCCCCAGCCCCAGGGCCUGCCUGCAGCCGGUGCUUCCCCGCCCGCUGCAGCCGCAGCCUGAGGUCCCCGUCCCUCCCCAUGGCUGCAGGGCCAGCUGGGGCCGGGCCAGGCCUGGGCAGGGCAGGGCUGGGCAGGCCGGGGCAGGCGCUCCUGCAGGCACCAGGCCUCGUGCCCUCCCAUGCUGCCCUUCCCUCACAGCGAGGAGCGGAGGGCUGGCAGCUCAGGGUGCGGGGCUCACUCCCCCCGGCCCAGCUCCAGCUUGGCCCUCCCCUGUGCGCAGGGCUGGGAGAGCCGCUGUACCUGGCCUCCCGCUCACCUUGGCUGAGCAGCUGGGCCCGCCCCACCUGGCACCGUGGCGGGAGGAGGAGCUUGGGGGAGGGAAGCUUUGCAGGAACAAACAGCCCAGCCCUGAGCAGAGCUGAGCUCAGAGGCGGCGGGUGGCAGGCCACGGCCAGGGGGUGCCAGACGGGCGUGUGCCCACCGGGUGGCAGGCCACGGCCAGGGGGUGCCGGACGGGCGUGUGCCCACCUGGCCAAGCGCCGCCCUCUCCAGGGACACCGAGCCGCGGCAGCCGUACAGGUUGUUUUUGUGCUCCGAGUUCUCACGCUGCCCGCCCAGGGCUCGGGGACUCGCAGGGGCAGGAGGGGCGCUCUCGGGGGCCGCCUCCGCCCCAGCCUGCCGCCAGCUCCCCCUCCCCCAGCCCGUAGUGGUGAGCGGCUGCCAGGGCCGUGGGCUGCACUGCUCAGACGCCGGACCAUCGGUGCCCAUGGAGCUGCUGGUUGCUCUCCUGCUGCUGGUCCAGGUGCCCGGUGCGGCGAGCCAGGAAGAGCCAGGCUGCUCCGCGGGGAGCUGCCACCCGGCCACCGGGAACCUGCUUGUGGGGCGGGCCCAGAACCUGAGCGCCACGUCCACCUGUGGGCUGCAGGGGCCCCAGGAGUACUGCAUCGUCAGCCACCUGCAGGACUCGGAGAAAUGCUUCUCCUGUGACUCCCGGUCCCCGUCUCUGCGCACCAGCCACCGCAUCCAGAACGUGGUGUACCUCGGCGGCCAGGACGGCCACGCGACCUGGUGGCAGUCGGAGAAUGGCGUGGAGCACGUAAGCAUCCGCCUGGACCUGGAGGCCGAGUUCCACUUCACCCACCUCAUCAUGAAAUUUAAGACCUUCCGCCCAGCGGCCAUGCUGAUCGAGCGCUCGGCGAAUUUCGGCCGCACCUGGAAGGUUUAUCGCUACUUCGCCUACAACUGCUCCCGGCUGUUCCCGGCCGUGGCUGUGCAGGCGUCGGGCCGUGUGGACGAGGUGUUGUGUGAGCAGCGCUACUCCGAGAUCGAGCCCUCCAGCCACGGCGAGGUGAUUUUCAAGGUCCUGGACCCGUCCAUCCCAGUGGAGGAUCCGUACAGCCCAGCCAUCCAGGAUCUGCUGCGCGUCACCAACCUGCGGGUGAACCUGACUAAGCUGCACACGCUGGGCGACAACCUGCUGGACUCGCGGCGCCAGGUGCUGCGCAAGUAUUACUACGCCCUCUACGAGCUGGUGCUGCGCGGGAGCUGCUUCUGCUACGGCCACGCCUCCGAGUGCGCGCCCGCCCCCGGCCUGCCAGCGGGCGUGGAGGGCAUGAUUCACGGCCGUUGCGUGUGCAAACACCACACCGCGGGCCUGAACUGCGAGCGGUGCCAGGACUUCUACCAGGAGCUGCCCUGGCGCCCUGCCGGGAGCACCGACCCACACGCCUGCCAAGGGUGUAACUGUAACCAGCACUCUCGCCGGUGCCACUUCGACAUGGCCGUGUACCUGGCCACGGGCAACGCCAGCGGGGGCGUCUGUGACGACUGUCAGCACAACACCAUGGGCCGCAGCUGCCAGCUCUGCAAACCCUUCUACUACCACAGCCCGCUGGCCGACAUCCGGGCCAGCACCGCCUGCGUCCCCUGUGACUGUGACCCAGUGGGCUCCCUGGACGGCGGGGUGUGUGACAGCCACACGGACGUGGCGCUGGGCAUGAUCGCCGGGCAGUGCCGCUGCAAGGAACACGUCCAGGGCGUGCGCUGCGACAGCUGCAAGGAGGCCUUCUACGGGCUGAGCCGCACCGACCCGCAGGGCUGCCAGCCCUGCAGGUGCGACCCUCGGGGCAUCCUCACGGGCAGCCCCCCCUGUGACCACGUCAGUGGAGACUGCUACUGCAAGCGCUUUGUGAGCGGCCGGUACUGCAGCCAGUGCCUGCCCGAGUUCUGGGGCCUGAGCACCGACGUGGCCGGCUGCCGGCCCUGCGCCUGCGACUUCGGGGGCGCCUACAGCAACAGGUGCUCCAUGGAGGACGGGUUGUGCCCCUGCCGGCCCCACCUCAUCGGGCGCCAGUGUGACCAGGUGCAGCCCGGCUACUUCUGUGCACCCCUGGACUACUACAGCUACGAGGCAGAGCAUGCCACAGGGCACGCGCCCACCCACCCCACGCUGCCGGGAGCGCUGCGCCCCGAGGCCCCCUCGGACUGCCUGGAGCACUCCCGCGGGCUCCCCAACGGGCGGAAGGGGCGUCUGCGGCGCCAGCGUGGCACCAUGCGGCUCCGGCAGCACCGAGCCCUGCCCCGGCGCAGCCGGCAGCCCCAGCACAAGCCCGACGUGGAAGUGGUGUCCCGGGAGCACGUGGGUCACAUGAUCACGUGGACGGGGCCCGGCUUCGCCCGCGUGCGGGAUGGGGCCGGCCUGUCCUUCCACAUCGACAACAUCCCCUACGCCAUGGAGUACGACAUCCUGAUCCGCUACGAGCCCGAGUCCACAGAGGACUGGGAGGCCAUCGUCAGCGUCAGUGCCCAGGCGUUGCCCACGAGCCCUCGCUGCGGGAACGUGCUGCCCUCGGAGCAGAGAUACAAGGAAAGUCUGCCGCACACCGAGAGGUACGCCCUGCUGUCCCGGCCCUUCUGCUUUGAGCCCAGUAACCAGUACGAGAUCGCCAUGCGGUUCCAGCGGGCAGGUGUGGUCCAGCGCCACCCAGCCGCCUUCAUCCUCAUCGACUCGCUCGUCCUUCUGCCGCGAGUGCUGGAGCUGCCGGCUUUCCGGGGCAGCGAGCCGGCGGCGGUGCAGCACCGGGAGGAGCUGGAGCGCUACACGUGCCAGGAGGCGUUCCGCAUGGCGACCAUGCCAGCGCUGGCCGAGAUGUGCGCCCGUCUGCUCUGCAGCAUCUCCGCCCUGCUGCACGAUGGGGCCCUGGCCUGCCAGUGCGACCCCCAAGGCUCCACCAGCAGUGUGUGCCAGCCGGUGGGCGGGCAGUGCCCGUGCAAACCCCACGUGAUCGGCCGGCGCUGUGACCAGUGUGCGCCAGGCACGUAUGGACUGGGGCCCUCCGGCUGCAGCCGCUGUGCCUGCUCCCCCGAGGGCUCGGUCUCCAAGCUCUGCGACCCCGUGAGCGGGCAGUGCCGAUGCCAGCCUGGUGCCGUGGGGCGCCGGUGCGACCAGUGCUCCUGGGGCCAGUGGGGCUUUCCGGCCUGCCGGCCCUGCCACUGCAAUGGGCACUCGGCGGAGUGCGACCCCCACACCGGGGCCUGCCAGGGGUGCCGCGACGCCACCACAGGGCCCCACUGUGAGAGGUGCUUGGAGGGUUACUAUGGCGACCCGGUGCUGGGCUCGGGGCAGCAGUGCCGGCCCUGCCCAUGCCCGGGGUACCCUGGGACUCAGCAUUACCAUGGCAACUCCUGCCACGCCGACAAGGAGACCAAUCAGAUCGUCUGUCUGUGUGCUCCAGGCUAUACGGGCCCGCGCUGCGACCGCUGCUCCCCCGGCUACUUCGGGGCCCCAGGGCCAGGGGGCGGGGGCUGCCGGCCCUGCCAGUGCAACAACAACAUCGACCCCAGCGACCCCGGGGCCUGCGACCCCCGCAGCGGGCAGUGCCUGCGCUGCCUGCACCACACGGACGGGCCCCGCUGCGCCGCCUGCCGGCCCGGCUACCACGGCCACGCGCCGCAGCGCACCUGCCGACGCUGCACCUGUAACCAGCUGGGCACGCUGCCUGCCCACUGCGCCUCCGGCACCUGCUACUGCGACCAGCUCACGGGCAGCUGCCCCUGCCGCGUCCACGUGGUGGGCAAGAACUGCGACCAGUGCGCCCCCGGCUUCUGGAGCUUCGGUGGGGAGCAGGGCUGCGAGCCCUGCAGCUGCCACCCGGCCCACUCCCUGCAGCAAGGCUGCAACAUGUUCACAGGGCAGUGCCCGUGCCGGCCAGGCUUCGGGGGCCGCACCUGCGCCGACUGCCAGGAGGAGCACUGGGGCGAGCCAGAGCGGGAGUGCAUGGCCUGUGACUGCCACCCGGCCGGGGUGGAGAGCCUGCAGUGCGAGCGUCUCAGCGGGCGCUGUGCCUGCCGCACCGGCUUCACGGGGCAGCGCUGCGACCACUGCCAGCGCGGCUUCCAGGACAACUUCCCCCGCUGCGACCGCUGCCCGCCCUGCUUCGCCCAGUGGGACCUGGCCCUGGACCGGCUGCACGACCGGCUGCGCCAGCUGCAGGGGCAGGCGCGAGCGCUGCAGGAGGGAGGCCCCGGGCCCGAGUUCAGCAACAGCCGCCUGCAGGACCUGGAGAGCAAGCUGAGGAGCACGGAGCGGCUGGUUGGGGACGGGAGCAGCCAGGGCGCCCCCCUCCUGCGCCAGCUGGGCCGCCGGCUGGACGGCACCAGGAAGGACAUGGACGAGGUGUGGAAGCAGCUGCAGGCCGUGGAGGGGCGCCUGGAUGAGCCGGCUGGAGCGGACGCGGAGCAGAGGGGCCGCCUGGCCAGCCUGAGCAGGGAGCUGCGGGAGCUGAACCUCACCCUCUCCCACCAGCAGGAGCAGCUGGCAAGAUGGGAGGGGGCCAGCUUUGGGGAGUCCUACCGGAGCAUCCGGGCCUCCUCCGAGCGCUCGAGGCAGGCGGCGCAGCGGGCCAGUGCCUCGGUGCAGGGGCCGGCCAGCCUGGUGGGCCAGGCCCAGCGCACACGGCAGGCCGCGGAGGGGCUGCUGCGCGACACAGGUGACACCUUCCGCCGGAGCCUGGCAGCGCAGAGGAGGUCGCUGCGAGAGGCCCAGAAGCGGGCGGCUGUGCUCAGCGUCUCCAGGCUCAACGAGAGGAUCUGUGGGGCGCAGGGAGAUCAGGGCUGCGAACAAGCCCCCUGUGGAGGGGCCUCCUGCCAGGAUGACUCCGGGCAGCGGCGCUGUGGGGGCCCAGGCUGCAGGGGGGCACUCCCCAUCUCCAUGCAGGCCCUGCGCACCGCCCAGGAUGUCUCUCGCCAGUUGGAAAGCACGGUUGGGCAGCUGGGUACCAUCACCCUUAAGGUGCAGGAGAUCCAGGAGCUGGCCCGGGGCGCCAGGAGACGAGCCCAGGACACACUGGAUGGGUCCCAGACAGCCAGAGGCCACAUGGAGGAGUCCACAGCCAGGCUGCGAGAAUUCAUCCAGAAGAUCAAGGACUUCCUGGCAGAGGAGGGAGCCGACCCGGAGAGCAUCGAGCUGGUGGCCCAGCAGGUGCUGAACAUCUCCCUGCCCAGCAGCCCCAGCAGGAUCCGGCACCUGCUGCAGGAGAUCCAGGACAGCAUCCGGCAGCUGGAUGGGGUGGACGCUGUCCUGAACAGCACGGCCCACAGCCUGGCCACCACCCAGGAGCUGCUCACACGGGCAGGGCAGGCCAGGGAGCAAGCGGUGGGCGUGAGGGGGGUGAUCACGGCCACGCAGGAGGUGCUGGCGGGGGCGAAGGUCCAGGUGUCCGUGGCAGGGCGUGCGCUGAAGAGCACCAAGAAGGCAGUCCGGGGCGUGGAGAACAGAGUGAAGGAGGCCGAGCGCAGGCUCCAGGGGCUGCAGGAGAAGGAGUCGCGGGCGCUGAGUGCCCUGCAGGAGCUGGCGACGCACGUGGCUGCCCUGCAGAACAAGUCCAGGACCAACCGGGGGCUGGCCAAGGAAGCCAAGAAGAAAGCUGAGCAAGCCGUGUCGGCCACGGGGGUGCUGGGCCAGGCGCUGGCGGAGGCGGUGCGGCAGCACGCGGCGCUGCAGAGCAAGGUGGGCGGGCUGGCCGGGGCGUCGGACGCCGCGCUGCGCCGGGUGACGCGGCUCCUGCAGGAGGCUGAGCAGAUCCUGGACAAGGCCAGCGGCAGCCAGAGGAAGCUGGAAGAGCUGGAGCGGCGCUUUGAGGAGGGCGAGGAGGCGCUGGAGGCCAAGGCCACGCGGCUGCAGGCGCUGGAGAGACGGGUGUCCAGGCUGCUGGAGGAGAUCCAGGAGAAGGCCAAUGCCUACGCCACCUGCUAGUGCCAGGGCAUCGCCCACCGGGCCCGACGGCCAGUCUGGACCUCUGCGCCUCCCCUCCACGGUGUCCCCCCCCGCCGGGCCGCACUGUCCUGCCCCUUCCUCCUCCCCGGCCGGGCCAUGCUGUCCUGUCCCCCCGCCCCGCUGUGCUGCGUUGUCCUGCCCCCUCCGGGCCGCGUUAUCCUGCCCCCUCCCCCGCCGGGCUGCGUUGUCCUGCCCCCUCCCCCUCCGCAUCCCAGACAUUCAUGGGAUUAUUUCCUGCCCCUCCCCCACAGCACAGCAGGUGGGGCUGGGGAGUGCCUCACAGGGAGGGCAGAGCCAAGUGCCCGCGCUGCCUUGGGGCUCAGAGCUGGCCUGCAGGCCCCUCCACCGGCAGGGAUGCCCCAGCCACCCCACAGCCCCCAUACGCUGUGCCUGCCAUAGGGGGAGCCAGGACUUCUGCUGGCAGCCGGUUCUGUGCCCCGUUGGUGCCCGCCCUGCCCAUGGGCUGUGCCAGCUGGCAGCCAGGGUGCUCUGGCCUCGUGGGCAGGCGGUCCCGUGGGGCCCAGCAGUGUGCUAGGGAGCAAGUGGGAAGCCAGGUGCAGGCCCCACCUGUCAGGGGCCCCCUCAUGCGGCUCCAGGCUCUGCCCCAGCCAGCGUCUGUAGCAGCCCUGUACUCUGCAAAUAAAGGCCUGAGCCCGUG